AGAGAGAGAGAGAGAGAGAGAGAGAGAGAGGAGAGAGAGAGAGAGAGAGAGAGACUGAAAGGGAGGAGAGGGAAAAGGCAGGGAAAGCUAGAAGGACAGGCUCAGAGCAGGGGAGAAGGACCCUGGGUGAGAGCCCCUUCCAUUAUUCUGAUAUUUGGAGACUACAGGCCCUUAGAUAGAAGAGGAAGGAGGGGAUUAUCUCCCACGGAAAAGCAGAAGAGAAACAGAUAGAAAUAUAGAGAAGAGAAGAGACCCCAGACACUCAUUGAGAGAUAGAGAGACAGAGACAUAGAAGGGUCAAAGGGGAAGAGGAAGCAGGGGGUGUGAAAGACAGAGACCCCUGAAGGCAUCGCUGCCUGGACGUUGGAGCCUGAGAGAUGGGGGGCCCAGCGCGCCUCAGUCCUCCGCGGGCCCUGCUCCUUGGGGCUGCCUUAGGGGCUGCAGCUCACAUCGGCCCGGCGCCUGCCCCCGAGGACUGGUGGACCUACAAAGAUAAUCUCCAGGGAAGUUUCGUCCCAGGGCCGCCCUUCUGGGGCCUGGUGAACGCAGCCUGGAGUCUGUGUGCCGUGGGGAAGCGCCAGAGCCCCGUAGACGUGGAGCUGAAGAGGGUCCUCUACGACCCUUUCCUUCCCCCGCUGCGGCUCAGCAGCACGGGUGGAGAGAAGCUUCGAGGGACUUUGUACAACACUGGUCGACACGUCUCCUUUCUGCCAGCCCCAAGGCCUGUAGUCAAUGUGUCUGGGGGACCCCUCCUCUAUAGCCACCGACUCAGCGAGCUUCGUCUCCUCUUUGGGGCCCGAGAUGGGGCCGGUUCAGAGCACCAGAUCAACCAUGAGAGCUUCUCGGCAGAGGUGCAGCUAAUCCAUUUUAACCAAGAACUUUAUGGGAAUCUAAGUGCAGCCUCCCGGGGUCCCAAUGGACUGGCUGUCUUGGCACUUUUCGUGAAUGUUGCUGCCAACUCCAACCCCUUCCUGAGCCGCCUCCUUAACAGAGAUACCAUCACCCGGAUCUCCUACAAGAAUGACGCCUACUUCGUGCAGGACCUGAGCCUGGAGCAGCUGUUCCCUGAGUCUUUCGGCUUUAUCACAUACCAGGGUUCGCUGAGCACCCCACCCUGCUCCGAAACUGUCACCUGGAUUCUCAUCGACCGAGCCCUCAAUGUCACCUCCCUGCAGAUGCACUCUCUGCGGCUCCUGAGCCAGAACCCGCCGUCCCAAAUCUUCCAGAGCCUCAGCGGCAAUGGGCGGCCCCUGCAGCCUCUGGCCCAUCGCGCCCUCCGAGGCAACCGGGACCCGCGACACCCGGAGAGGCGCUGCCGGGGUCCCAACUACCGACUGCACGUGGAUGGUGCCCGCUGAGAAGAGGAAUUGCUUGCCUCCCCUCCCCCUCCCCUUCCCUCAUUCCCCCCCCCCGCUAAAUCUAUU